AUGGCUAGAUAUUAUUGUGAAUAUUGUCAUUCAUAUUUGACACAUGAUACGUUAAGUGUUAGAAAAUCUCAUUUAGUUGGUAAAAACCAUAUCCGUAUCACGGCAGAUUAUUACAGAAAUAAGAAUGUUCAACAAUAUACGAAAUGUACACAUCGUGAUCGUUCGAGGCACAAUGCAAAGGGGAAAACUCAAAGUCAUCAUAGAUCCAAGAUUACUAAAGUUUCUGAUGAGCUCGAUGAGUUAAAUAGAUUGAAGAAGACUCCAAAACCUUUGUUGAAAAAUAAAGAGAAAAAAGUGAAAUUUCAAAUGGCCAAGAUUUUCCAAAAGGAAUUGAAUAAAAUGGGAGGUGAAUCAAUGUUGGCAAAACUGUAUGAUGGCUCACCUGGUUAUUCGAAAGUUUUUAUCGAUUCUAAUAGAUUAGAUAUUGGUGAUUCAGUGAGGUUGAAUAAAUUACCACAAAGAGCAAACGAAAGAUCAUCAUCAACAAUGGCUAAUGAUAAUAAUACUGGUGGUGGGAAUAGAGAUAGAAAUGAAGUCUUCAUUAACAAUUAUGCUCAAAGUAAUAGUAGUAGUAGUAUUAUAGAACCACCUCGAAUGUUAAGUAUAUGGAGUCAUCAUAAUAGUGGCACAUUCCCAAAGACAAGUAUAUAUCAUGAAGAUUCCAAGACUUCCAUUUUAAAUUCUACCAUAAGUUCUUCUCGAAAGAGAAUCAUGAUGCAUAGUCAUAGUCGUCCCUCCAUACCUGCUGCGAAUGCAUCAACAAGUGGUGGUCACAACGGAGGAGGUGGAGGAGGAGGUACCAUCAAGAGAAGAAGGUAUGGUAAUUAA